ACCUAAUCCUAUUCGUCGUCGUUUGCAAUGUUUACAUGUGCUUAAUGCUUUUCAUGCAGAAUUCUUCGGAGUAAUUGAUCAGUUUAGAAAACGUCUAUAAGAAAUAAUGGGGAAAAAUAAGAAAACGCGUAAAGUUGUAAUGCAGAGAUUUGCUCAAAUGAAAAGGAUGAUUAGUCUGAGUGAUUCACGAAUAAAGCCAGAAAAGCGAUUGCCAUCGAAGAAAACUCCGAAAGAGGAUAAGACUAAAAUAAAAGUUACAGAAACGCCACAGCAAUCCUCUGCAUUAUUCUUUCAAUAUAACACACAACUUGGACCACCAUACCAUAUUUUAAUUGACACAAACUUUAUUAACUUUUCUAUUAAAAAUAAAUUAGAUAUAAUAGAAAACAUGAUGGAAUGUCUCUAUGCAAAGUGUAUACCAUAUAUAACUGAUUGUGUAAUGGGUGAGUUGGAGAAGCUUGGACAAAAGUAUAAAUUGGCAUUGAAAAUUAUCAAGGAUUCGCGAUUCGAAAGAUUAAAAUGUAUGCAUAAGGGAACCUAUGCAGAUGAUUGUCUUGUAAACAGAGUAACACAACAUAAAUGUUAUAUUGUUGCAACAAAUGAUAAAGAUUUGAAAAGAAGAAUUCGGAAGAUACCAGGUGUGCCAAUAAUGUACAUAUCUCAGCAUAGAUUUACAAUAGAAAGAAUGCCGGAUGCUUAUGGUGCACCCAAGAGAUAA